UUUUCCAGUGAUCCUGUCGAUCGAGGACAACUGUUCGCUGCCGCAACAGCGCAACAUGGCGGUGACAAUGCAGGAGGUGUUUGGUGACAUGCUGCUGGUGCAGCCCGUUGCCAAGCACGAGACGCGGCUGCCGUCGCCCUACAGUCUGCGCCACAAGAUCAUUCUCAAGCACAAGAAGUUGCCAGAGGGUGGAGACGAGGCUUCGGUCAUGAUGAAGCCCGAACAAGGUAAAGAAAUGGACCUGCGAAACACGGGAAAAAGGGCAUAUUGUACCUGGAAGAUCUGUCGAUAA